GCUGCGUUUUCCUCAAUUUUGGAGCGUAACAUUUGCCAGCAGAAGCAGGAAUCCUUCCCAAAAGGACGUCUGCUGGAGCCCCCAUACCUCGGGUAGCAUCGGUAAACCGUGGCAUAGUAGUAACUCUUCAUGACAACGAUGGAUCGCCAUUCGACUAAUUCCGUAACGCCCGUCGCCCGGCAGCCGAGCCUUGACGAUAUGAACUUGGAUCAGUUUCUGAAAAUUUCCAACUACGAGGACACGGUGAAGCAGCUCGACAUUUAUUACGGCAUCGUCAAACGACAGUUGCUUCAGUUUCAAAGUCCAAUCACUGGACUGUUCCCGGUGCUCAGCACGGAUCGCGAAGUGGGCAGCAUCAGGGACAGUGUUUACUGUGCGGCGGCAAUCUGGAGCCUGUAUCAGGCGUACCGCCGGAUCGACGAUGAUCGAGGCAAGAGCUACGAGUUGGGCCAAUCUGCAGUCAAGUGUAUGCGCGGUAUACUCGAGUGUUGGAUCAAGCAGGCGCACAGGGUGGAAAAGUUUAAAUCGCGCCAGUGCGCCGUCAAUGCGCUCCACUGCAAGUUUCACCUUGACACGGGCGAGGAGAUCUAUUCGGAUGACAACUUCAACCACCUGCAGAUCGACGUCGUCUCCAUUUACCUCAUUUUCCUGGUGCAAAUGAUCACCUCCGGACUGCAGAUUAUCUACACACAGGAUGAGGUCGCGUUCGUUCAGAACCUGGUGUACUACGUAGAACGAGCGUACCGAACGCCCGACUACGGCAUGUGGGAACGCGGUUCGAAGUACAACGACGGAACGCCCGAAAUACACGCGUCGUCCAUCGGAAUGGCCAAGUCGGCACUAGAGGCGAUCAACGGGUGCAAUCUCUUUGGUGAGAAAGGUGCCUCGUGGAGCGUGGUUUACGUCGACAUCGAUGCCCACAAUCGGAACCGGAGCAUCUUCGAAACGAUGCUUCCACGCGAAUCGAGUUCGAAGGGCGUAGAUGCUUCACUGCUACCCACGCUUUCGUUUCCGGCGUUCGCCUCGCACGAGGAACGGUUGGUCGAUAAGAGCAAACAGAAUGUCAUCAGGCGACUGAAGGGCAAAAAGGGGUUCAAGCGGUUCAGUCGCGAUGGGUACCUGUCGAGGUUGGAGGACAAGACGCGCCGCUACUAUCACAAGGGAGAAAUCAAAGAUUUCGAGGGUUACGAGUGCGAGUGGCCAAUGUUCUACACGUACAUGAUCAUCGACGGUGUGUUUAAAAACAAUCUGGAACAGAUCGAAGAGUAUCAGAUGGAGCUACGGAAGUGCAUGCAUUCGGACAAUAAUGGAGAUCCUGUGGUUUCAAUGUGCUACGCACCAGAUGGCGACGGAAUGUAUACGCGUGCCUCGUCACAAUCACUCUUCCUGUGGGGUCAAUCAGUGUUUAUCAUCGCCCAGCUCCUGACGGCCGGAUUGCUUCAUAUCAACGAGCUCGAUCCCAUCCGGCGAUAUCUUCCGUCGUAUAAUCGACCUAGGAAAGGCGGGCGCUAUUCUGCCUUCCAGGCAAAGCCGGGAAUUCGUACCAAAAUUGGAAGUGGUACGGCAACCGAUUUGGUGGUGCAGAUUGUGCUGAUCGCAGAAUCGAUGCGACUGCAGGCAAUGAUGGCCACGUACGGUAUUCAGACACAAACUCCUCAUGAGGUCGAACCGGUUCAGAUUUGGUCAUCGACGCAGCUCAUCAACGUGUACCAGCAACUGGGCGUGAACGAUAAGAUCGGACUCACCGGUCGCCCACCUCGGCCGGUCGGAUCGCUCGGCACGAGCAAGGUUUAUCGCAUCUGCGGCAUGACUGUCCUCUGCUAUCCGCUAAUCUUUGAAGUGUCCGAUUUCUACCUCUACCGCGACAUGGCCCUGCUGAUCGAUGAUAUCAAGACGGAGUUGCAGUUUGUCGGCAAAUACUGGAGGCUCUCUGGGCGACCAACCGUUUGCCUGUUGAUCCGCGAAGAGCAUAUGCGUGAUCCGCAGUUCAAGGAGAUGAUCGAUCUGCUGGCCAUGCUGAAGAAGGGUUACUGCGAUGACAUGAAGGUACGGAUCGGUCGGUUGCAGAACCUGAUCUCGAGUUCGUGUAUCGAGCAUCUGGAUUUUAUGUCGACCUCGGAUCUACCCGACGUUAGCGAUACGGCGUUCGCUCAGAUUCACCAUGACUACAUCGGCUACCAGAGUUUGACGGACGUGCCGCGAGCCCAAUCGUACCGCGAGAAGAAAAUAACGGCCGCUGAAUACGCAACGCGCUCCACGCCGGACAUUAUUGAGGCGCUACGAAACACGGAAUCCAUUUUUCUGCAGUGCCAGCUGUUGGGCAUUAUGCUGCACCGCGAAGGAUCCCACUACGAGGUUGCCGGUGAGUCGGUGCAUACAAAACUGACUGACCUCUACUACCGGGCCGGUUCGCUGCGUUACUGGCGCGCGGUGCGUUAUUGUAGCUCGCUGUUGCGCCACAUCGUUGAUUCGAUUUCACCCUUCAUUACGACGCUGCUCGUGAACGGGAAACAGAUCACGGUGGGGGUGAUCGGGCAGCGGGAAACGAUCUUUGACAAGCCGAUGACUCCGUCCGAGAUACAGAACGUGAUGUACUCCACGGUGCAACCGUACGACGUGAUACACGCGGUGCUACAACAGGAGGUGGUGCUGUACUGUGGGCGUCUGAUCGCCACCAAUCCGGACAUAUUUAAGGGCAUCCUAAAAAUACGCGUUGGCUGGGUGCUAGAAGCGAUGCGGCACUAUCUUACAAUGAAAGGUGACGAGGGUGCGGACAUUGAGAACCUGUCACCGUUUCAGAUCCGACAGCUGCUGCAGCGUGUACUUACCGUCAGCCAGUGGGCCAUCGAAGAUCACUUCAGCACACUGCAGCGACGGCAGCUCGAAGGAUGCCUUUGCCGGGUACCCAAUUCGUUCUACAACCUCGUUUGGGAUGUGCUAGAGCGUACACCGCACGGGAUAACUGUGCAGGGUCACAAUCUGCCCGCUAUGCCCACGCUCACGAACAAGAGUCGUAGUGAGCUCUCCUUUUCGCUGCUUGUCGAGGAGAUGCUGCACAAGAUCGAGCAGCCCGAACGACGCCAGAUUGCGGUCGAGCUCCUGUGCAUUGUGGCCACUAUUCUGAGCCGAAACCCGGAGCUACGCUUCCAGCAGGUGCUCGAUCUUGAUCUGCUGCUGGAAGAUUCGUUCGCGAUGUACUGCAAGGACCACAACCUGGAGCGAACGAAAGAAAUUACGCCUCUAUUUUCGCUCUCCUACUCGCAGACGACAGGGUACUUGGCGCGGGCCGCCGUCAACAGCGUCCUGCAGCGGUGCGCUUUGUCGACGGAUGAUUUUGCCGACGACGUAGAAGAUCACUGCCGGCUCCAGUAGAUGGGUCAAGUGGUGCUACAUCCGGUUUUCAAUUACUGAUACUAGCGGCGCAUUGCGUUUUCUUAAAUUGCUGCUUCCGUUGGUGGUUUUUACUUGUUUGUUUAGUCAAAGGAAAAAGUGCCCAAUAUAGCUAACGCGUGACAUAAAAUAUCGCUACAAAUCAAAACAAUGAACCCUCGAAAACUAUGAGAAGAGAAGGGAAUAUUGUUUUAAAAUCUCUAGUUGUUGCAUGACAUGUAAUGAAGCAAUAAAUUUUACA